AAAGAUACGAGGAGAAAACCAAUAUUUUGAUCGGUUUCACCAUGAAUUGCUUCUUCACGUCUUGGUAACCGUAUCAGAUAGACCUCGAAGCAGAAGUGCGCAUGGCACGUGGACCCGCGUAGACGCCAACUCGAGUGGUUCAAGGCGCAAGGUGGCGUUUCGGCGAGAAAGCCGCGUUGAAAAAUUGUGCAAUUGUGCAAAGCUGCCAAGACGAGAAUCGGAGUCCGUCUCAGUUGAAGUGUCCCUCGAAGUGCAGCGACGAAGCGCCCGGGAACCUUCUCAAAGCGUAUGGCUCAUCGGGUCGUAGCGACACUCUCGUGCGUUUGAGCUCGCGCUACGACGAUAUUCGUCGAGUUAGCGACGGUCUCCGCUGUCGUUGGGCGUCGGCACGCGCAUAUUAUUGCCUCGCGUUAUGGUUUGUACCACGGAAGCUCAUCGUGCAGCACGACAUGGUGUAGCCAAGCUAGAUGGUCGCUCUCGUGGAAACACGCGGAAUCCGGCGAUGGGCUGCACUGUUCUGCAGCCAUUGCGGUGGACUUCAACUGGUUCCCGUAGAGGGAGAUCCUAUUCUUAUCAAGUGCACUUCAACUUGGGUAGUUUCGUGGCUCUGCAAGAGGGAGAAUGUCAUCAUUGUAGUUGCCAUCGUCUGAGUUUAGUCUGAUCUGGAGGAUCAAAUCACCAUGGCUGCGUACGUUGAACACGACGUGCUCUUGAAGGCUAAUCUAACUGCUGUUGUUGCUUGACCCAAUUACUUCAGGGCGGCAGUCAAGAAACUCUCUCGAUACUGCUGCAGCCACUGCGGAGCGUCGGAGCUAUACCUGUACUGCUGGGUAAUUUUGUAACCAUGCUAUUGCAAACAAUACCUAAGUGCUUAGUAUGCAGAACUGAUGAUUGGAUUGUGAACAGAAAGGUUGCCGGCACGUGCAGAACAUCAAGGUACUGUGUCAUUUCCCGUCGUCUAGCUGCACUGGUGUACACUUGCUUACUGAACGACGUUUCCAAAGCAGUCCUUCUAUGCUGAGACUAAGUCCAUUCAGCAGGAAUUGGAGAUGCUACGCGUCACAAUUUAUGAGCAGGAAAUUCGAUUUCGCGAAUACGAACUUCAGUUGGUGCGUUGAAACGGUCACUUGCCGCAGUAAUAUUCCUUAAUAAGUGGUGGCCUCUUUCUCAUAUGCGUGGCGUGUAGAAAGAGAAGCAAAAGAGUUUGGAAUAUCUUGCAAAUCAAGUAAACAAACUUCCAAGCUUUUACCCCGUUCAGUCAUCCGAGGACAACAAAGCGAUACCUCUUGGAUUGCCAGCGUGGUCACUCGUUGCCGCAAAAAUGGUUUGGCAACAGUUCGAUGGGGACCACGACGGAAAAUUGACUAGCGAGGAGCUCCAUAAAGUCAAGGAUCAACUACGAAAAAAUCACGAAAACAUUGAUGAAAUUCUUCCAGACUACCCAGCCGAGCCAUUAACACCCCACCAUUUCCUCAAGCUGUACGAAUGUGGAGAAGGCGCCAAGUUGUCUGAUGAUCUCCGCUCUCUUGGGGUUUUAUGCGGAACAUCGGAGUCAAUAGCCCAAACGCUCUCGACGUGCGAAGCAAAACUUAGCCGCAUAACGCUGGAGUCUCAACAACUUCAGAAAGAGAGAGACAAUUACCAGAAAGAAGUAGACGAAAGCCAGAGAGCAAAGACGCGUUUACGAGAAGUCUUCGCCGCUUCAAAACAAUCACUAGAAGAUCAGGCACGGGACCUUGUUAGAUUACAGGAACAGGAGGCCGAAAGCGAGCUUCAGCUCCGACUCGCUGAUGAGAAAGCUGCAGCAGAUGCAACUAGCCUGUCGAAAGCAAAGCGCGAGUUAUCCUCAGCAAAACACGCUCUGCUAGACUUGAGAGCGCUAGUCGAUGAUCAAAUAGCUGAAAAAGAGAAAUGGCAGCGGUACUGCUGGGAGCUAGAAGAACGUUUACAUGAAGCAACAAACGUCAGUCAUGUAAAGGAGCGCGAUCUGUGGCGAACAAAGGACGCGAAGAAAGAAGAAAGCCGAAAGAACAUGCUUCUGUAUAUUGAAGCACAUAAAGGUAAACGCCACUUUGAUCACCCAGCCGAAUCCACGGCAAAUCCAAAUCAAUGGCAAACGAUAAGUGAAUCCUGAAUCGAUUACCACUGACCUGGAACUACCACUGACCUGGAACUGGCGUCGUUUAGCACAGCUUGCAUACAGUUCAAGAACAAGCAGCAACUCUGACACUGAUAAAGCAAGUACUUCUAUCGAUAUAACAUAUACUUUUCCAUUCGACUUUCUUCAA